AUGCAGCAGUGGUACCACAUGAACUACUUCCGUCCUGAGUUGAAGAUGAGGUGUUCGGAUCAGGACGAGUUUGUGCCCUUUGCGGAGCUCUUCCCUCAUCCGUCGAUCCCCUUUCAGAGUUACCCAAAGCGGGUCCCUGCAAGGCGGUGA